GUCUUCCCUCUCUUAAAGAAAUUACAAGCUUCUCAGAUGCAUUGCUGACUUCUCUUCCCAGAAUUGCCCUCCCUGUGAGACGGUCAUGAGCAGGAAGACGUUUUACUUUGCCUUUGCUUCUUUCUUCAUUUUGGCUUUUUCAUCAGAGGGCCAGGCAGAACUUGAUUAUUCCCAGUCAUUUCCAGCAGGUGAGUUUGCUGUUUGUGAGCCAUGCCGGCUUGGUCGGGGCAAGUGCAGGAAGGCGUGCUUGGAGAAGGAGCGGAUUGCUGGGAGCUGCAAGCUGAACUACUUCUGCUGCCGGCCGAAGCGCUGACGGCCAGGACAGCACCGGU